AUGGCUGAAAAUCACGAAACCUCGAGUGUUCCAAGUAACACCCCUAUUGAGUCCUCACCAGUUAAAACAUCGAUGUUAGACUCCUCACUCAGCACCACCACUUUCCAAAAACCUAAGGCAGAGUCACCCCCACACNACACCACUACUUUCCAAAAACCUAAGGCAGAGUCACCCCCACACUUAGUUUCCUCUCCUACCCAAUUGAGUUUUGGUUCUCAUCGGAGCCGCAAAAUCUCGACUCCUAAAAAGUUUGUGGCUACGAGCUCUACUCCUACCUCGCCGAAAAAAGAGGGUGAAAAAGGCACAGUCAAAGAUGAAAAUCAAGAAAUCUCCAGUCUUCCCAUGGAAGAAGGCUCAAAUGCAGACCAAACUGCUGGUUCUGAGAAUGCUGACUCCACAAAGGCAUUCCCCGAUCUUGAGUCUGCACAGAAAAAUACUACUGGAGUACCUAAUAAAGAACCUAAUCCCUCCUCGGAGGAUCCAACUCAGGGGUCCUCUCAAAAGCCCCAUGUGAGUAUUGACCCUACUCUCUCUUCUCAUUUUGAUGCCGAGCCUUUGUCUGUGGUUGUACCUAAGAUGAGAUCUGAUUAUGGAGAAGAUAAUGGAGAUAGUGAAGAGGAUUCUGAUGAUAUGCCCAUCGCUAGCUUGACUAGGCGUAGACCAAUUCUGGUGGACCAAGUAAGUUUCGCCUAUAUUAUCCACUGGAGAGUGAUGGAGCAAGCCAAGCUCACCAGAAGUAUUAUUCCGUCCACAAAACUUCUCGUUGGGUUCAAUUUGGCAAGAAUAACAACCUGGGAAGAGAUCUUGCUGCCCACGAAUGCCGAGGGGGUGAUGAAGAUGACCCUUUUCGACGUAGUGGAUGGUGAUAUAGGUUACAAUAUCAUCCUUGGGAGACCAGGGUUGCACAAGAUGAAGGCUAUGCCAUCAAUGUAUCACCAGUUGCUAAAAUGCUCGACUCCCGAGGGAAUUAAACAAAUAAAAGGUGACCAACUGGCAACAAGGGAGAUAAAUGCAAUCUUAAUUUCCAGUAGCAAAAGGAAGGAGCAUGCGGCAUAG